AUGCGACCACAAGUUAAACCCUCGGCCUACCCGCCUCUACCAUUUCAUCUCAUCCGCUUCCUAAUUUUCCUCUCCUCGAUCGUGGUAGGCGUGAUCUUGGCAGUGUUUACAUACCAUCUCCACGCUGAUGGCUUUAAACUACCAUAUUCAUUCCUGGUGCUCUUCGUCUCAUCAGGCCUCUCUAUCCUCAACAUCCUCCUAACCUCAGUAAUCCACUGCAGCUGCGGUCUAUCAACAAAACUCUCCAUCUCCCUCAACAUCCUCCUGACAAUCCUCUGGGCCCUAUCCCUGGGUCUCCUGAGCUGGAGCAUAGCAACCACAAUAACAACAUCCUGCACAAUAGCCUACUGGGGCAACUCGACCGGCAUCUCAGUGUGUCGGAGCUACAAAGCCCUCUUUGCAUUCAACGCUACCGGCUUGGUUAGCUACAUCGCUGCAGUAUGGCUGGAUGUGGUUGUGCGUCGUCGUCAGACUCGUCUUGGUGUCUACGAUGCUAUGGGGUCGCACCCGGGUCUUGAUGACUCGGGCGCUUUCGAUGUUAAGAUGGAUGAUCGUCACAGCGAGUCUACCCCCGCUUUGAACGAUUACGAUAACGUGCCUGCAAUGUCCGGUGCCUAUGAUCAUGCUGGUGACGCGCAGCAUUAUCAUGAUUCAGCGCCUGGUAUGAGUCACCGUGGUGCGCCCAGAGUGCGAUUUAGUGCCUAUGAUCAGGGUGGUUAUCAAAGGCCCGCUGAGCAUACUGGGUAUGACCCUGCUAUGUAUCGCUGA